UUUCGUCAUAUGUCGGCGUCCAGCCGUGUGGGAACGUCGAAGAAACACACAAGUUCUUGAGGUCCUUUUUGAACUGCAAAUAUGGCUCGAAAUGCAGAAAAGGCAAUGACGGCGUUGGCUCGCUUUAGGCAAGCUCAACUAGAAGAAGGCAAAGUCAAGGAAAGAAGACCCUUUCUUGCAAAUGAAUGUAAUGAGCUACCUAAAGCAGAGAAAUGGAGAAGACAGAUUAUCAGCGAAAUCUCCAAGAAAGUGGCACAGAUUCAGAAUGCCGGCUUGGGGGAGUUCAAGAUCCGAGACUUGAAUGACGAAAUCAACAAACUGCUGAGGGAGAAGGGCCACUGGGAGGUGCGCAUCAAAGAGCUUGGGGGCCCGGACUACGGGAGAGUGGGGCCAAAAAUGCUGGACCACGAGGGCAAAGAGGUCCCAGGCAAUCGGGGAUAUAAGUAUUUCGGCGCCGCAAAAGACCUGCCCGGCGUCCGAGAGCUGUUUGAGAAAGAGCCUGCACCCCCACCCCGAAAGACUCGUGCGGAGUUGAUGAAGGACAUUGAUGCCGAGUACUAUGGCUACAGAGAUGAGGACGAUGGUGUGCUGGUACCUCUGGAGCAGGAGUAUGAGAAAGAAGCCAUUGCAGAUGCAGUGGCAAAGUGGAAAGCAGAGAAGGAGGCGCGCCUGGCCGGGGGAGGAGGAGGUGACAAGGAGGAGGAGGAGGAAGAGGAGGAGCACAUCUACGCCGUGCAGGCUGACGAGCAAUCGGAUGAGGAGUCGAGGGGUCAGGAGGAGGGUGAGGAGGGCAUCCAGACAUUCAUCUCUCACGUGCCAGUGCCCUCACAGAAAGAGAUCGAGGAGGCGCUGGUGAGGAGGAAGAAGAUGGAGCUGCUCCAGAAGUAUGCCAGCGAGAGCCUCAUGGCACAGAGCGAAGAGGCCAAGACACUACUGGGCCUCUAGUCAGUCGCCAGUACAUACCACCAGUACUGUGUGUGUGUGUGUGUGUGUGUGUGUGUGUGUGUGUGUGUGUGUGUGUGUGUGUGUGUGUGUGUGUG